CAUGCGACAUUACAAUUGUUCAACCAAGUUUAUUCUAUUUAGCUUUGAUAAUUGUGUGCUGAAAUUCAAAUGAAGGAUGGGAACAGAGGUAUCCAAAUACGGAAGUGAUCAAGUCCUUGUCGACGCAAAAAGUGAAUAUAUUGAUGAUGUCCUGCAACAGGAAGACAAUGACAGCGAUCAUGAGAGCGAGGAACACGUUCACGAAUUAAGUGAAUUAGACAAGCUUGCGCAAACCAUAGACCCAAACGAUUAUGUUGAUCAGUAUCCUUUCGAAAAUCUCAUUUUCGAGGGAGGUGGAGCAAAGGGGAUAGCAUAUCCUGGAGCAUUGAGGGCGUUAGAGGAAGUUGGUAUUAUGAAAAAGAUCAAAAGAUUUGCUGGUACAAGUGUUGGCUCUAUAACGGCAACCAUGGCUGCGCUUGGCUACAAAAGCACUGAAAUUAGAGAAGUCAUGUCAACAGAUUUUUCAAAGUAUUAUGAUGCUAGGUUUGGAAAAUUCAGUUUCAUUCCAAAUCUCCUCUGGUAUUUGGGAUGGUAACCACUUUAUACCCUGUACGAUUACAUCGGAGAAAUAGUUG